CGGCCGGCGCUGGUGCUGUUCAGCGGUGCGUUGGCCUCCCUCGGCUCGCCUCAGAAAGCCGAGGCUCAGCGGGAGCGCGCCCGGGGGAUUGAGCGCACGAGCGCGAGCAGCUGCGGGACUUCCAGCCUGGCUUGGGUCACCCUACAGGAGGAAAGAGUGAGAGAAGGAGAGGCAGAAAGAGAGAGAGGGACUGUGUUCAGGUGCGCACACGUGCCCCCUUCGUUUUUUCCCCGCUUGAGCUGAGGAUAUUCGGACUGUGCCGAGAUGCCGGUGUUUCACACCAAGACGAUAGAGAGCAUUCUGGAGCCGGUGGCUCAGCAGAUAUCCCACCUGGUCAUCAUGCACGAGGAGGGCGAAGUUGACGGAAAAGCCAUCCCUGAUCUGACGGCGCCCGUGGCUGCUGUGCAGGCGGCCGUCAGCAACCUUGUGCGGGUGGGGAGGGAGACGGUGCAGACCACAGAAGACCAGAUUAUGAAGAGAGACAUGCCUCCGGCCUUCAUUAAAGUGGAGAACGCCUGUGCGAAGCUGGUAGAGGCAGCGCGGAUGCUGAGGACAGACCCGUACUCAGUCCCUGCUAGAGAUUACCUCAUCGAUGGCUCUCGUGGCAUCCUCUCAGGCACGUCAGACCUGCUGCUGACCUUUGAUGAGGCAGAGGUGCGUAAAAUCAUCCGCGUCUGUAAGGGCAUCUUGGAAUACCUGACAGUAGCAGAGGUUGUGGAGACCAUGGAGGACUUGAUCACAUACACUAAAAACCUGGGACCAGGAAUGACGAAGAUGGCGAAGAUGAUCGAUGAGCGACAGCAGGAGUUGACGCAUCAGGAGCACCGGCUGAUGCUGAUCAACUCCAUGAACACAGUGAAGGAGCUGCUGCCUGUGCUGAUAUCAGCUAUAAAAAUCUUUGUGACCACCAAAUGUACCAAGAGCCCAGGAGUAGAGGAGGCUCUGAAGAACAGGAACUACACCUUUGAGAAGAUGAGCGCUGACAUCAACGAAAUCAUACGAGUGCUCCAGCUUACCUCCUGGGAUGAAGAUGCCUGGGCUAACAAAAAGGACACUGAGGCAAUGAAGAGAGCUCUGGCACUGAUCGAGUCAAAGAUGAAUCUAGCUAAAGGCUGGCUUAAAGAUCCCAAUGGCCUACCAGGGACUCCAGGUGAACACGCUGUGCGUCAGAUUCUGGAUGAGGCGGGUAAAGUGGGUGAGCUGUGUGCUGGGAAGGAGCGGAGGGAGAUCCUGGGAACGGCCAAGACUUUGGGCCAGAUGACGGAUCAGGUGUCGGACAUACGUGCCAGAGGUCAGGGACCCACGCCUAUGGGCAUGCAGAAGGCGCAGCAGGUGGCUCAGGGUCUGGACAUCCUUGUGGGCAAAGUGGAGAAUGCUGCCCGCAAACUGGAGAUCCUGACCAAUGCCAAGCAGGCCAUCGCCAAGAGAAUAGAUGCUGCACAGAGCUGGCUGGCUGAUCCUCAUGGGGGUCCGGAAGGAGAGGAGAACAUUCGAGCUCUGCUGGCUGAGGCUAAACGUAUUGCUGACCUGUGUGAGGACCCCAAGGAGAGAGAUGACAUUCUGCGCUCGAUCGGUGAAAUUGCUGGACUCACUGCAAAGCUUAUGGAACUUCGCAGGCAGGGUAAAGGUGAUACUCCUGAAGCGAGGGCACUGGCCAAACAGAUUGGAACCGCUCUACAGAACCUGCAAGCCAAGACUAACCGCGCUGUGGCCAACAUGCGACCGGCCAAGGCUGCUGUGACUCUGGAGGGCAAGAUGGAGCAGGCCAUGCGCUGGAUUAACAACCCCAGUGUGGACGAUCGUGGAGUGGGCCAGGCUGCUAUCCGUGGGCUGAUCGCUGAGGGCCGCAGGCUGGCCAACUCUCUGCCAGGGCCGUACAGGCAGGAGCUGCUGGCGAAGUGUGAGCGAGCAGAGCAGCUGAUGAUGCAGCUGGCUGACCUGGCGGCUCGGGGAGAGGGAGAGAGUCCUCAGGCUCGAGCUGUAGCUGCUCAGCUCCUGGAUUCCCUCAAAGAUUUGAAAGCAAAGAUGCAAGAAGCGAUGACCCAAGAGGUGUCUGAUGUAUUUAGUGAUACCACUACUCCCAUUAAACUUCUGGCUGUGGCGGCUACAGCACCACUUGAGGCUCCUAACCGAGACGAGGUCUUUGAAGAAAGAGCCUCUAAUUUCGAGAACCAUGCCAACAGGCUGGGGGCCACGGCAGAGAAAGCUGCUGCUGUGGGGACAGCCAACAAAAGCACAGUGGAGGGAAUCCAGGCAGCAGUGAAGUCAUCCAGGGAGCUAACACCUCAGGUCACCUCUGCUGCACGUAUUCUGCUGAAGAACCCUGGCAACCAGGCAGCUUAUGAACAUUUCGAGACUAUGAAAAAUCAGUGGAUUGACAACAUUGAAAAAAUGACUGGUCUGGUAGAUGAGGCUAUUGACACUAAAUCCCUCCUGGAUGCCUCAGAAGAAGCCAUUAAAAAGGAUAUUGAUAAGUGCCGUGUGGCCAUGGCAAACGUCCAGCCCCAGAUGCUGGUUGCCGGGGCCACUAGUAUUGCCAGACGGGCUAAUCGGGUGCUGUUGGUGGCUAAGAGGGAAGUGGAGAACUCUGAAGACCCAAAGUUCAGGGAGAUGGUGAAAGCAGCCUCAGACGAUCUGAGCAAAACCAUCUCGCCUAUGGUUAUGGAUGCCAAAGCUGUUGCAGGAAACAUCCAGGAUCCAGGUCUUCAGAAGAACUUUUUAGACUCUGGCUACCGGAUCCUGGCUGCUGUGGGGAAAGUGAGAGAGGCCUUCCAGCCUCAGGAGCCAGACUUUCCGCCACCUCCUCCAGACCUGGAUCAACUGCAUGUAAAUGAUGAGCAAGCUCCUCCUAAACCGCCUCUGCCAGAAGGAGAGGUACCUCCCCCCCGACCCCCUCCACCCGAGGAGAAGGACGAGGAGUUCCCAGAGCAGAAGGCGGGUGAGAUGGUGAGCGAGCCGAUGAUGGUGGCUGCCAGGCAACUUCACGAUGAGGCCCGCAAGUGGUCCAGUAAGCCCGAUGUGACAGACGAGGGUUUUGAGACCGCUGAGGCGGAGGUAGAUAUAGACGAUGAGGACGAGUUCACAGACAACGAGGACGAUUUCGAGCCCGAGCUGCUCUUAAUGACCUCUAAUCAGCCUGUUAACCAGCCCAUUCUGGCUGCCGCGCAGUCCUUGCACCAGGAAGCCCGCAAGUGGUCCAGUAAGGGUAACGACAUCAUUGCUGCAGCUAAGAGAAUGGCCUUGCUGAUGGCGGAGAUGUCCCGUCUGGUGCGUGGAGGCAGUGGCAACAAGCGCGCUCUGAUCCAGUGCGCUAAAGACAUCGCCAAGGCCUCAGACGAGGUCACGCGACUGGCUAAAGAAGUGGCCAAGCAGUGCACUGACAAACGAAUCCGCACAAACUUGCUGCAGGUGUGUGAGCGUAUUCCAACCAUCAGCACUCAGCUUAAGAUCCUGUCCACAGUGAAGGCCACAAUGUUGGGACGCACAAACAUCAGUGAGGAGGAAUCUGAGCAGGCUACAGAGAUGUUGGUCCACAAUGCACAGAACCUCAUGCAGUCGGUGAAGGAGACGGUGAGAGAGGCAGAGGCAGCCUCCAUCAAGAUCCGCACAGACGCAGGGUUCACUCUCCGCUGGGUCCGAAAGACCCCCUGGUACCAGUAAACUGAGGACUAGCUCCUCCUGUCCUCCAUGUCCUGGUUCUGUCCUGCCUUUUGGAACACGGACGUGUGGUGAUGUCUAGAAUGAAAGUACACAUUCUAAAGCGUGUAAAACUCAUGGACACUGAUAUAAACCACUUAUUCUUACUUUAUAUAUACGAUGAGUUCAUGUGUCACUGAUUGCUUUGUCCGGGAACUGUUCUUUUUUUUUAAGGUUUGCUCUUGGUCCCUUUAUCUUUUACCACUGUGUUUAAUACAUAGGAUUACACAGGACAAAGAGUUUUGAAUAUAUAUUUUUGGUAUGUUGGGUUUCCAGAAUUUAUCCAAAUUCCAGGUAUAUAUAUAUUUUUUGCAUGAAGAGUUUUUUGUUUUCUAUUUUGUAUUGAAGAACUUUGGCUCGGCCUCUUUGAUGCCUCUCUCAAAUAAUCUUAAGAGUUCAUGAAGUUUACUCUUUUAGUUUUGAGAAGGAGAUUUUUAUUAUUGAAAUUGUAUAUAUUUAUAUUUCUUAAUGCUGUCUGCACCUGAUUGUCCUAGUCAGUGUGUUUUGGUCGACACAAUUAGAAGAGAAACUCAAAAGAGAGUAUUUUUAGCUUUACUUACACUUACUUUACACUUGAGCUGAUUGUGUUAGCUUAUAUUUCACCUGUUUUUCAUGGAGCACUGUUGUUUAGCUUAUAUUUGCAUAAGAAGGCUGUGGGACUUAUUUCGCUGACUUUUUUUUUGUUGGAUGCCUCAAAAAUUGAUGCCAAAGAUUUUGUUAGAUACAGUGUUCUGAUUACUAGAAUUACUAGCAUUUUAUUAGAUUACUAAAAGUACAAGUUUAGUAGAUAGAUGUGCCCUUUACAAAUCAGAUAUCACUCUGAAUUAUAUCCAGUCUAAAAGUUUUAUUUUGUGAGUGUGUGUGUGUGUGUAUGUGCUGACCAUUCUAAAAUAAUGAAAAUGUGUUUUAUUAUGGCAAGAGUGGUGCAACAAUCUCUGAAGCACAAUUUAUUUAACAGUUGAACUGUUAUCUCUGAUUAUUGGCUUAAAAUCAUUCAGAAUUCAAUUAAUGACAAGCUGUAUGUUUUGACACAUUGUUUAAAAAGAAGAAAAAAGGCUUUUUUUAAGGUGCACUGAGCUAAAUAUGUUUCCAGAGUCCAGUUUAAAAAAAAAAGUAAAAUUAUUUUACAUAAACCAGGUUCACUCAUUCACUUCCUAUUUUUUUUCUAAAUUUCUAUAGUAAAAAAUAAAGCAACCAUAUCAGAUUUGCAUUUGUAUUUGCAGAACCUGAAAAUGGAAGACUAGCACAAUGGUAUCCAGACCAAAGGUCUCCAGUGCUUAUCACCUCAGCCAGUGAUCACCAACAACCGAGUCAUUCAUUUAAACUUUACACAGCUAAACAUUAACCAGAAAACACACUGCCUAGUCAUUAGUCUCAUUCUGACACUUAACAUGUACAUUUAGAGAAUGUUUAGUCCCUAAUGUAGUGCCUCAUUGUGAGUGUUUACAAGGCUGAAUUUUGUAUGUUUGUAAACAGCAUGUUUCAGGUUCAGAGAUAUAUGAUGUAUGAAUGUAAAAGACACUACUGCUGAUUUUGGUUUUACAGUGUCCCUUAAGCAUCUGCUGUGCCUCAGAUUAAUAAAACUAUUCUUGACUUGAA